ACAGGUCCAGAUGAGUAAGACCAUUUGUAUCUUGAGCUCUGACUUGAAGAUCCAGGCUCUGACCCGGGAUCUACAGACUAGAUUGCGGUGAUAUUUGUUUGAUUGUUUGCAUCGAUGCUCCCUCAGCAGAACAGGACACAAUGGAGCGCGUGAGUCACUGAAUUGCAGCUUCAUUCCUUAAACUGGGCUGGUAACUUUGUGGGACGCGUGUGUCAUGAAGCCAGUGCCGCCCAAACAGGAACUGAAAGAACUCUGAUACGAAACUGAACUGGAUCGCAGGUGACAUCUUUUUUUUUUUUAACCUGAUUCAUGGAGCCAACGAACCUACAGAAAGCCAUUGCAGUUGCUCAGAAGGCUUCACAGGAAGACCAGGCCGGAAACUAUGAAGAAGCGAUUCAAUCAUAUCAACAUGCAGUCAAGAUCUUUCUGCACGUUCUGAAACGUGAGCCACAGGGCAAAGAUGGAAACCAGAAGAUAAGAGACAGCUGUAAGAAAUACCUGGACAGAGUGGAAGAACUGCAGGCCUACAUAGAUAAUAAACAGAAAGCUAUUGAUCUCGCCAGCAAAGCAGCUCAGGAGGAUAAAGCACAAAACUAUGAAGAGGCUCUGCGACUCUAUCAGGCCGCUGUGCAGUACUUCCUUCAUGUUGUAAAAUAUGAAGCUCAGGGUGACAAAGCUAAACAGAGUAUACGGGCAAAAUGUGCUGAAUACCUGGACAGAGCGGAGAAGUUGAAGGAAUAUCUAAAGAAGAAAGAAAAAGCCCCUCCCUCUAAGCCUGUUAAAGAAUCUGGCAGUGAUGACAAAGGGAAUGAAAGCGAUGAAGGUGAUGAUCCAGAGAAGAAGAAGUUCCAAAAUCAGCUCUCAGGUGCAAUUGUUAUGGAGAAACCAAAUAUUAAAUGGAAUGACGUUGCUGGUCUUGAAGGAGCAAAAGAAGCUUUAAAAGAAGCUGUUAUUCUUCCAAUCAAAUUCCCUCAUCUUUUUACAGGCAAAAGAACUCCUUGGAGGGGGAUUUUGCUCUUUGGACCUCCAGGAACAGGAAAGUCAUACUUGGCAAAGGCCGUAGCUACAGAGGCAAACAACUCAACCUUCUUCUCCAUCUCCUCAUCUGACCUCGUUUCUAAAUGGCUUGGAGAGAGUGAAAAGUUGGUAAAAAAUCUUUUUUGCCUGGCACGAGAACACAACCCUUCAAUCAUCUUCAUUGAUGAAAUUGACUCUCUCUGUGGCUCCCGAAGUGAAAAUGAGAGUGAGGCUGCCCGCCGUAUUAAGACAGAAUUCCUGGUGCAGAUGCAAGGAGUGGGCAAUAAUAAUGAGGGAGUGCUAGUACUUGGAGCAACAAACAUACCCUGGACAUUAGAUUCAGCUAUUCGAAGAAGAUUUGAAAAGAGGAUUUACAUCCCGCUGCCUGAAGAACACGCCCGCUCCUUCAUGUUCAAGCUCCAUUUGGGGGCCACUCCCAACAGCCUCACAGACUCGGACUUUGUAACUCUGGGCAAGAAGACAGAUGGUUACUCUGGAGCAGAUAUCAGCGUUAUAGUUCGAGACGCUUUGAUGCAGCCAGUUCGAAAGGUCCAAUCUGCAACCCACUUCAAAAGGGCAAGAGGGCCAUCGAGGGAUGAUCCAAACGUACUUAUGAAUGAUCUUUUGACACCUUGUUCACCUGGCGAUCCCAAUGCUAUUGAAAUGACAUGGAUGGAUGUUCCAGGAGAGAAGCUUUUGGAGCCAGUGGUUUGCAUGUCUGACAUGCUGAGAUCUCUGUCCAACACGAAGCCAACUGUAAACGAUCAAGACCUUGAGAAGCUGAAAAAGUUCACGAACGACUUUGGUCAGGAGGGCUAAAUACACAGUUAAACUCAACCAAGCCAAAGCAAUGUAUUUGUGGUCGUCUUUUCUUGUGUUUUUCUGUCUUGGCCUGUUUUUUGGAAAUUACUGGCCAUGAUAAUAUGCCUUUCUUCUCUCCUAAGAAUGGACAGCUGUGUGUAUUUAGAAUUUUAAGAGAUUUAAAAUGGUCCCACAUAUAAAUUGGUAAUAUAUUCUACAUUUUAAAAGUAAACUAAGAUUACAGAAAAAUGCACCCAGUGACUAGACUCUCAGUGAUUGCCUCGACAUAAGUGCCCCUUACGUGCUCCAUACUUUCUAUAAGGAAACAUUUUCUAGCCUGUACUGUACUUGGAGGAAUGUACUUGGAAAGCGUUAAGUGUGUAUUUUCUGCGUUGGUGUGCAUUUUCUGUUUUUCAGAGGAAUAUUAAGUUUCUUAGGAUGGGAUGUUUUUGGAGUUUGACCCAGGGAUACCUUUGCAUUGUGUUUCGGUUUACUUUUUGUUUACUGCUUUUAAUUCAACAUGGUUUAAGGGGUGAAACACCAAAGGUGCCAGACCAGCAUUAUUUGAAAUACUCACUAGAUGUGACAUACAAAAUCAUGAUAGGCUUUUCUCCAUGUCCUAUUGUACAUAUAUUUGUAUUCUAUGUACAAACUAGUUUUUUUGUUCAUUAAAUGAACAGGAACAGUUUUCCUGCUGACAUGUAGCCUUACAUUAUGCAAGUGUUAUUAUGUAAGGCAACGUGUGUUGCAGCUGAGAUUUUCUUUUAUUUUUAUAAAGUAGGAAAAAUUCAACAAUAUGCAGCAUGUAGCCAUACACAGCAGUGUGCCUUCUACAUGCAGUUUGGUUGUUUUUUUUGGUCAGAAUGAAAUGCUUGAUCAUAACUAAAAGAGACUAUAACACUUGCACAUUUCAUGUAUGCUCUAAUAAUUCGUGUACAACUGAACUUUCUCUCAUCAGGUUGACUUUGUUUCUGUUUGGGAAUAUACUUAUUUCACUGUAAAUGUCUGUCUAUUAUAGCCAACAUAGAAAUCUUUUCUUAGUGAAAAGAUUUGUAUAUCACACACUAUAUUUCCAUAUUGUAAAUAAAGGUUAAAGCUGAAUGUG